CCCUAGUAAAACAGUCCUCAAAUGGUGACGGUCAAGACUCCAUCCCCAAGCUUCCCGCCCCUCCCCGAUCCUCCCGUCUGUGUCUGUUCCUGCAUGCCCAGUCGAGCCUUGGAACCGUGGCGCCAAGAAUAGCCAACAUGAAAUGCUGACAAUAUUCACACCUACAGUCGGGUCAGAAACCAAGAUAGCAGGGCCUUUCACAUUCCACCAACUGGCACUGAUAAUAGCUGGCGGCUGCGCCGCCAUCGCCAUACUACUGAGCCUCUACUUGAUGUGGAGGCAUGCGACCAAUUACACCAAACCGAGAGAGCAAAAACACAUCAUCCGUAUCCUGUUCAUGGUACCCAUAUAUUCGGCCUCCUCCUUUCUCUGCAUAUGGUACUACUGGCAUGCCGUCUAUUUCCAAGUCAUCAGUGACUGUUACGAGGCCUUUGCCAUCUCGUCUUUCUUCGCCCUCAUGUGCCACUACAUGGCACCCGACCUACACGAGCAGAAGGAGUAUUUUAGGCACAUGCACCCUGUGAAACCCUGGGUCUGGCCCAUCAACUGGCUUAAGAAAUGCUGUGGCGGCGACCGCGGUCCAUGGAGGACCCCUACAAGUGGCCUCACCUGGUUCAACAUCGUCUGGAUUGGCAUCUACCACUACUGCUUCAUCAGGGUGGCCAUGACCAUUACUGCUGUUGUAACGCAGUAUUUUGGCCGCUAUUGCGAAAGCUCAAACAGCCCGGUGUUUGCGCACAUAUGGGUCUUGGUUGUCGAGUCUGUAGCAGUUACCAUUGCGAUGUACUGUGUCAUCCAGUUCUAUAUACAACUCAAAGAGCCGCUCGCCGAGCACAAGCCUUUCUUGAAGGUUCUGGCCAUCAAGUUGGUCAUUUUCUUGUCAUUUUGGCAGUCAAGUGCCAUUUCAGUCGGCACGUCCACUCUUCAUCUCGUAGAAGCGAGCGCCACUUUGGCCUAUCCGGAUUUGAAGGUUGGCAUUCCGUCUCUGUUACUGUGCGUGGAAAUGGCAUUCUUCGCCCUGCUCCACCUUUGGGCUUUCCCCUGGGCACCGUACAAGCCAGGCGCCAAACAAACAUUCUACCCCGUCGCCGAUCCAGCACUAGGUCUGCCAGCACGCGAGAACGAGCACGGCGUGCCAGAGGGAGGUUUCAUGGGAAUAAAGGCCUUCAUUGAUGCGAUAAACCUCUGGGAUAUAGUGAAAGCCUUCGGCCGCGGACUUCGCUGGCUUUUUGUCGGCGUCAAGAAGCGCCACUCUGAUCCCAGCUACACCAAGGGUGAGGGCCGGAACAGCCUCGAUACAAGCUAUCCUUUAAAACCCUUUGCACUCAACCCUGGCGCCAAAAGCACCGACCAUCUACCCAUUGCUACACAGUACCGGUCCAGUACAUUUUACGGAAAAGAUGAUUCGUUACAUCCGAGCAGUCAUAACGAUGUGAACCAGCAAUAUCGCCCUCUACGGCGCAAUGAUGAGAGUGCCGGCCUAAUCAACAAUGCCCAAGAUAUGUCUAUUUCACCGCCAAAGAGACAACCAAGUCCGUACCUUGAGGAGCCUCUGGAAAAUCCACGCAGUGACGGAGGAGCAUCGAGUCCCUGGCGUGACCCGAAUCAAGCUGAAUAUUAUCAAGGACCACGCACCCCAGAACCCCCCACAGUCUACAGCCCGUAUCAGGCAUAUUCGGAAGCCGAAAAGGAUAACGGGAAUAUGAGAUAUGCAGUCCCUAAUGGCGCCAGCAGUAGCAGCAGCAACAGCAGCAGCAGCGGAAGCAGAAGACAAAACCCAAGGACUUCGACACAAGUAAAAUUUGGGAACGCGUUGUGGGGUGACCGGAAUCAAGGUCAUACAUAACGGCUGUACGAGGCAUACGAUAUGCGACGAUUGAUCAUGUGUAAAAAAAAAAAAAUUUAUGCAUCUCGCCGCCGGGAACAGGCGACCCGUGCGAUAUGGGCGUUGGAGGCGUAUCCGGAAGAUAUCAACAAAAUGUGGUUUUUCAUUUUCAUUUUUGUUUGCCUUUUUUCAGCGAAUUGAUACCGGCGAUGUAUAAUGACGAGUUAGGAUAACGGCAUCUUGUGUAUUACAGCUAUGAAUGCAUCGCGACGAGAAAGAUCUGGGCCAUGGUUUUCAUUAGGUUUUGCUUCGUGACAGUGAUCCCUUAGAUACGUUCAACAUUACGAACUUGUGUGAGGGCCAGAGAGUAAAUGCAAAAGUUCAACUUGUACUCAAAUAUUCACCUUGCUA